AACGAGACUCUUCCGGCGCUGCCCAAAGAAGGAAAGUUAAGACGAAUUACACAGGCCGUCCAUUUGUUGGGGAAUUGGGAAGUCAAUUCAAAAUGACAAGCCCACAUAGAUCGGUCUGGUCAAAUAGUAAAGAAGAUUUUAAGUUACUUGAAGUCAUUGGAUAUGGAGCGACAGCUGUAGUACAGUCAGCCAUUUACAUACCAAAAAACGAGAAGGUGGCAAUAAAGCGUAUUGACUUGGAGAAAUGUGGUGCAAGUAUCGAUGAAAUGCAGAAGGAAAUUCAUACUAUGAGUCAAUGUAAUCAUGAAAACGUUGUCAACUAUUUCACUUCAUUUGUUGUUAAGUCUGAACUGUGGAUAAUCAUGAAGCUCCUUGAUGGGGGCUCAAUGCUUGACAUCAUCAAGCAUUUGUCAAAGAACAUGACACCCGAGGAGAAAUGUCAGGGUGUUCUUGAUGAAGUCGUGAUUGCGACAGUCCUAAGAGAAGUUUUGAAAGGGUUGGAUUACUUCCACAAGAAUGGUCAAAUUCAUAGGGAUGUUAAGGCAGGCAAUAUCCUCUUGGGGUCUGAUGGUGCAGUACAGUUGGCAGAUUUUGGUGUCAGUGCUGUGGUCACUGAUUAUGGUGACAGGACAAAGCCAAAGCUGAGAAAGACCUUUGUUGGUACUCCAUGCUGGAUGGCACCUGAAGUUAUGGAGCAGUUGCAUGGUUAUGACCAGAAAUCUGAUAUUUGGAGCUUUGGUAUCACUGCCUUGGAGCUGGCAACAGGAACUGCUCCAUAUGCAAAGUUCCCAGCAAUGAAGGUAUUAAUGCUGACACUGCAAAACGAUCCUCCUACCCUUGAUACUUGUGCUGAUGGAAACAAAGAUGCAUAUAAAAAGUAUUCAAAACCCUUUAGAAAGUUGAUUUCAAUGUGUCUACAAAAAGAUCCUGUCCAUCGACCAAGUGCAAAUGAACUUUUAAAGCUUAGUUUCUUUAAAAAAGCUAAGGGAAAAGAGUUUCUUCAACAAAAUCUGUUAACUCUAGCACCAGGUCUUGGAGAGAGAGCUCAGAAGGUGAAAAGAAUACCAGGAUCAAGUGGGAGACUUCAUCGUAACCCAGAUGGAGGUUGGGAAUGGUCAGAUGAUGAUGAUGAUGAAGGGAAAUCUGACAAAAAGGGAAGUGAUGCUAAAAAGGAUGAUUCAAAGUCUGUUAGAAAAGAUUCUGUGCAAGAAGGUGCUGCUGCUAUUGAGAAAGAGUCAAAAAUAACAAACAACCUUGAUGCUGAUGUGACAGCAGGAAAGGAAGACACAAAACAACAAGAAGAAAAAACUCAAGCAAACGAGCCAAAAGUAUUUGACAUCACUUUAAGGUUAAGAAACAAUGAAGGAGAACUAAAUGAUAUUAGAUUUGACUUUUCAACUGGACAAGAUACAGUUGAUGGUGUUGCACAAGAACUUUUGUCUGCUGGUCUGAUUGACGGUGUUGACUUGAUUGUUAUAGCUGCAAACCUCAAUAAGGUUGUCUCUUCUAAUGAGCAGCAAAUUAUUUUUCCGUUGCACUCACAUGCUGAUUUGAAUGAACAACCAGAUGAUAAAGCACUACGUGGCUUUGCACAGUUCACUUUAAAUGACUAACAAGCAAAAAUUGAAUUUCAACAAAGCUUAUCAAAAAGAUGCUUCAGAAUCUCAUAUAUAGAACUGCACUUUGUUAAUUUCAGUAAAUUUUUGCCUGAAAGUAACACUGUUUUAGUUAAUGCAUAACUUUUGUAUUCGCAUCAUAGGCAACAGCUGUAGUUUUCCAGUUGAAGUAUUUUAAGUGAUCUGUAUGUUUGUCCUCAAAAGCCAUAAAAAAUGUGCUAUCAUGAAUCACAUAUUAAUUUUUUUGA